UGAUCGGUGAAUCUGAUUGGAUGUUAAAUGUGGUGUUUUCUGGACGGGGUUUGGUGCGGGUGGAUGUUAAAUGUGGUGUUUUGUGGACGGGGUUUGGUGCGGGAGGAUGUUAAAUGUGGUGUUUUCCGGACGGGGUUUGGUGCGGGAGGAUGUUAAAUGUGGUGUUUUGUGGACGGGGUUUGAUGCGGGUGGAUGUUAAAUGUGGUGUUUUGUGGACGGGGUUUGGUGCGGAUGGAUGUUAAAUGUGGUGUUUUGUGGACGGGGUUUGGUGCGGGAGGAUGUUAAAUGUGGUGUUUUGUGGACGGGGUUUGGUGCGGGAGGAUGUUAAAUGUGGUGUUUUCCGGACGGGGUUUGGUGCGGGAGGAUGUUAAAUGUGGUGUUUUGUGGACGGGGUUUGGUGCGGGUGGAUGUUAAAUGUGGUGUUUUCCGGACGGGGUUUGGUGCGGGUGGAUGUUAAAUGUGGUGUUUUGUGGACGGGGUUUGGUGCGGGUGGAUGUUAAAUGUGGUGUUUUGUGGACGGGGUUUGGUGCGGGUGGAUGGGGGAACACUUUCAGCUGUUGCACUUGCGCAUCGUUACCUUUAAGAUGUUCGGGGAUAAAAAGUGGUUUCAGCCGAACUCGACACCAUCUUAGCGGCGGGGACAGUUCGCUGCGUCCGGCCCACACGCUCCGGGCGACCGGGGACUGUUUCCAGCGAGGCACCGGUGCACCGCUCCGUCGCAGCCGAGCUGUGAGGAAAUAACGUCCGGAUGGUUCAGUAGAUGUCGGUUUCAUUAUCUGUCGGCCUAGCGAGCAGCGGCGGCGGCGGCGGGGGCGAGAGGGACGCGCCGAGCGGGGAGGAGGAGACGGGUCGAGCCGGGAGGAGGGAGCCACCAGCCCAUACCUUCCCUUUAAAGCGCAGAGGGACCGAGGGGGUGAAGAAGGGAUAAAAAAAGAAAAGGACGAGGAGGGAGGGCGAGGGCCCGAAAAAAAGAGAAAGAUGUCAUCCUGUGGAUUCAAACACCGAGGCGGAGCCACGGACCGCGGCCGACCAGCAGCGCUGUAGUUCGGGGACGAGCUGUACGCGACGCCGAGGCCUGGAGCGCGACAGCUGCGGCCUUUUCGGAGCUUUGGCAAAAUAAAGCAACGAGCUGCUGGUUUCCUCCAUUUUCUUGAUUGAAACAGUAAAUAACCUGCAUGUGACCAGUUAUUUAAACCAUUACAUCAUGAAACCUGCACAGAAGCGUGCAGUCAUUUAGACAAUAAGACAUCAGUGGUAAUUAGCUGGAGCUAAGUAUCAUUAGAGACAGGCCGCGGCUCCGGUUCUCUCCCCCGUGGACGGAGCUUCUCCUCCCGCCCCCUGUGAGCCCCCUGCCCGGGGAGCCGCUCUCCUGCAGGAUGGACACGUCCUGGAGCAACUUCCUCUUUCAGACGCCGUCGACUCAGAGCCAGCCUGAGACGCCUCUUCAGUCCGAGCUGCUGCCCGACCUGACGGGCUCGGCUCAGAGUCCUCCUGCCGAACACAUCGUGACGCCGCCGUCCACCGUGGACACGGCCGCCCUGAGCGAGGAGCCGCUGCCUGUGAAACCGCUCGUCAAGCCGAGCCGCCCGGCGCACAUCUGCUCCACCUGCAACAAGGAGUUCAAGAACAGCUACAACCUGCGGCGCCACCAGUCGGUGCACACGGGCAUCCGGCUGAAGGGCGGCGCCACCCGUGAGAAGGAGGAGGGGGGGAGGGGGGGAGGGAGGGUGGAGAAGCAGACGGUUCCGCUCUCCCUCCUCCAGCUCACCCUGCCCAUGCAGCCGCCUCUUCCCCCUCCCCCCACCGCUAACCCCGCCGCGGACACCCUCCCCCCGCCCGGUCUCCACGCCGACCAGGGGGGCCUGCCCGUCUCUGUGUCCAUCGCCCCAGCAACCGUAACCAUGGCAGCACUGCCUCCAGCCAUCCAAGCAGCUGUUGUUGUGGUCGGGUCCGUGGAGCAGAGUCCUCAUCCCCACCCCGGCCCCAACCAGGUGAGGAAGAACCACGCGUGUGAGGCCUGUGGAAAGGCCUUCAGAGACGUGUACCACCUGAACCGCCACCGCCUGUCGCACUCUGACGAGAAGCCCUACUCCUGCCCCAUCUGCCAGCAGCGCUUCAAGAGGAAGGACCGCAUGAGUUAUCACGUGCGCUCGCAUCAAGGCGCCGUGGAGAAACCGUACAUCUGUCCACACUGCGCCAAGGCCUUCUCCAGACCGGACCACCUCAACAGUCACGUUCGACAGGUUCACUCCACAGAGAGACCGUUCAAGUGCACGACGUGCACAUCAGCGUUUGCCACACGGGAUCGUCUCCGGGCUCAUCUGAUCCGGCACGAGGAGAAGGUUCCGUGUCACAUCUGUGGGAAGCUGCUGUCGGCCGCCUACAUCACCGACCACAUGAGGGUCCACAACCAAUCACAGCACCACGCCUGUCACCUGUGCAACCGCAGCUUCACCACACUCACCUACCUGCGUGUCCACGCUCAGAAGCACCACGGUCAGGAGUGGAAGGACAGUGGCGGGGCGCGGGGGGGUUUCGGUGGGACGGGGGCCGGGGGGGUGCUGCUCUGCCAACUGUGCGGCGUGCAGUGCAAGACGACCACGCAACUCCAGGGUCACAUGGGCACUCACGCCAACCAGGGCGACCCCGGGACUGACCCGACAAGCUCGGGCCCCGUGGGCACCACCAGUGUGGCGGUCACUGUGACCAGUGCUGCCAGCACAGUGGGACUGCUGGUAACGGACUGCUCCGGUAUCGCCCCUCAGCCUCACAGCUAGCACGCUGCGAGGGCUGGGGGUGGGGGGGGGGGCUGGGAGGCAGGGAAAUGAGGACACCCAGAGGAGAGGACUGGAACUACAGCAGCCAAACCAGAUUUUUCGUCCACUGCCACGUGUCCCUGAACUGUCCACCUCAGAUCCAGAACCAGAACAGGUCGGAUCCAAGAGGACAACACCAGGAGAAAUGUGUAUUUUUACUCACUUUGCUUCACAGUUUACUAUUUCUAUUGGUCAUCAUGUCGUGUUUUGGUUCUCACCCGACCUGCACAGCCCGUCAUGCUUUUGUAAAGUUGUUAGUUGUUUUUACAUCUUUUAUAUUCCAUGAACUCAGUGUUUGUUGUGAUGAGGAAACCGACCCGAGGACCUGGACAACAGGACUUCUCUAAUUUAUUAUUCAUCAUGUCUCCAGUCAGCUCGGUCACAUCCUCCAGAGCAGCGAGUUUCAGGAGCGACGUCGUGUACAAACACUUUUCUAGAGCUGAUGAAGACCUCAGCGUCUGUGAAGCUUCCUCAUGAACACUGACCGAGUGG